AUGCCGGCCGCGCUGCUGGUCCUGGCCAUGUCGUCGUCCUUCUUCAACCCCAGUUUCGCCUUCAGCUCGCACUUCGACCCGGACGGCGCCUCCCUCAGUGAGCUCUCCUGGUCAUCCUCCCUGGCUGUGGUCGCCGUAUCCUUCUCUGGGCUCCUCACCAUCAUCGUCCUCAUGCUGGCUUGCUUGUGCUGUAAGAAGGGCGGUAUCGGGUUCAAGGAGUUUGAGAAUGCCGAAGGUGAUGAGUACGCAGCUAGCUUCUCGGCUCAUGGCUCCCCGGCAGCCGCUGCUCGGGGGGGCCCUGACGUGUAUAUCUUACCGCUGGCUGAGGUUUCACUGCCUGCUGCCAAGCAGCCGGGCCGUUCAGUGCAGCUCCUCAAGCCUACGGACCUGGGCCGCCACAGCCUGCUGUACCUCAAGGAGAUUGGCCAUGGCUGGUUUGGGAAGGUGUUCCUGGGGGAGGUGAACUCGGGCGUCAGCAGCAGCCAGGUGGUGGUUAAGGAGCUCAAAGCCAGUGCAAGUGUGCAAGAACAGAUACACUUCCUGGAGGAGGUGCAGCCUUACAGGGCCCUGCAGCAUAGUAACCUGCUCCCGUGUCUGGCGCAGUGUGCAGAAGUGACACCCUACCUGCUGGUGAUGGAGUUCUGUCCGUUGGGGGACCUCAAGGGUUACCUGAGGAGCUGCCGGGUAGCGGAGUCCGUGGCACCUGACCCGCUGACCCUGCAGCGCAUGGCCUGUGAGGUGGCCUGCGGGGUCCUGCACCUGCAUUACCACAACUACGUGCACAGUGACCUGGCCCUGAGGAAUUGCCUGCUCUCCGCAGACCUCACGGUGAAGAUUGGCGAUUAUGGCUUGUCUCACUGCAAGUACAGAGAAGACUACUUCGUGACGGCUGACCAGCUGUGGGUGUCACUGCGCUGGAUUGCACCUGAGCUGGUGGACGAGGUCCACAGCAACCUGUUGGUUGUGGACCAGACCAAGGCCAGCAACGUGUGGUCCCUGGGCGUGACCAUCUGGGAGCUCUUUGAGCUGGGUGAGCAGCCUUACCCCCACCACUCGGACCGCCAGGUGCUGGCCUAUGUCAUCAGAGAGCAGCAACUCAAGUUGUCCAAGCCUCAGCUACAGCUGCCCCUGUCUGACCGCUGGUACGAGGUGCUGCAAUUCUGCUGGCUGCAGCCGGAGCAGCGGCCCACAGCCGAGGAGGUGCACUUGCUGCUGUCCUACCUGUGCGCCAAGGGCACCACCGAGGCUGAGGAGGAGUUCGAGAGGCGCUGGCGCUCGCUGCGACCCGGAGGGGGCGGCGAGGGGGGAGGGCCAGGCCCCGGGGCGGGGUUGGUGGGCCCGGCCCUGGGAAGUGCGUCCGAGCUCGCCACCGCCUCAUCCUUCCCGCUGCUCGAGCAGUUUUCGGGCGACGGCUUCCACGCGGACGGCGACGACGUGCUGACGGUGACCGAGACGAGUCAUGGCCUCAAUUUCGAAUACAAGUGGGAGGCUGGCCGCGGCGCCGAGGCCUUCCCGCCGCCGGGGGGCGCGCUGAGUCCGGCCCGCGCCGCGCGCCUGCAGGAGCUCUGCGCCCCCGACGGCGCGCCGCCAGGAGUGGUGCCGGUGCUCAGUGCGCACAGCCCUUCGGUGGGCAGCGAGUACUUCAUCCGCCUGGAGGAGCCAGCCGCUGGCCACGACCCCGACUGCUCCGGGUGUGUCCGCCCGGACGACGAUGACUCGGACAGCAGCACCAAUGCUUCGCUGGCCAUGGAACCGCUGCUGGGACGUGCGCCCCCUGCCGGCGGCCUCUGGAGCCACUGGGGCUACAACCAGCGCAGGAGCUGUGCCCGGAUCCCCGCAGGUCCCUCGCGCUCGCCCUCGCCCGAGGCACCAGGCGCCAAGGACACGGACUGGUGUGAGGCUGCCUUCUGUCCCGGCUUCUUCGAGGACCCGCUGUGCGUGUCACCUUCAGGGAGCUCCGGGGCCCGGCCAUCGCCGGGCGGGAAGGUGUCCGAGGAGACGCGAAGGGCCUGGAGCUCCAACGUCAGUACUAACAACAACAGCGGCAGAGGCCGCUGCGCCCCAGAGUCUUGGGGCUCCGGCUGCGAAGACAGCUGCCCUAGCGCAGAGCACAGUCCCCUGGCUGAGCCUGAGGAAGAUCCGGGAGAGCCACUCCUUGGGCCACAGACGGCUUCCCCUGACCAGGAGCCAGGUCACUGCCACAUUGCCCCCCAUCUCGGUCCUGCUGAAGGCCUGGCCUCUACCACCACUCUGUCCCCUUGGGCAGAGGUGGCAGUGAGUGGGGACAGCUGCCCUGAGGCAGAGCCCAGGCUAGCGGAGGAGGCAGGAGGCUCCCAUGAACCCCAGUCACCUCUUCCCUCUGUGCCCUCCCCCUCCCAGGAAGAAGCCCCACUUCCUGCAGAGGAGGCCCCCGACACUCUGUCCACUUCACCCACACCUGCCUCUGGCUGUCAAGACACUGCCACUGAGCCAGCAGGGAACCCCAACCGCCACAGCAUUUCCCCUGAGCUUCAGGUGCCCGGCAGUGAGGACGGAGAAACGACCGAGGGCACUUUGGGUGUCUUCACAGACUUGUCCAGUGAUGGGCCCGAGAAGCUGGACACAGCCCCAGUCGUCCGCUCUCUGCAGAAGCAUGUGGGGACCCCCGAUUCCCUAGAUUCUCUGGACAUUCCAUCUUCAGCCAGUGAUGUUGGCUGCGAGAUCUUCAGCCCGUCGGCUUCUGGUCCCCUUGGUGGGCAGCCCCGAGCCUUGGACAGUGGCUAUGACACUGAGAACUACGAGUCCCCUGAGUUCGUGCUCAAGGAUGCACAAGAGCCACGGGAACCCGAGGCCUUGGAGGAGCUGGUGUCCAAGGACGAGAGCCCUGGGUCGGAGACUGGACUGUCCACCUCCCUGGCUGGCGGCCUCAGCGAGAAGAACCCCUAUCGCGACUCAGCCUACUUCUCCGACCUGGACGCGGAGACUGAGCCCCCCACGGGCACCAAUGACAAGCUUGACUACGUUCCCUGCGCCCCCGCUCUACAAUCAAGACUGGAGAGCCCCACCUCACAGUCUGCACAGAGCUUCCCGGGGCCGGGGCUGCCCGGGGAGGCGCAGGGCGCCGGACCUAGGGAGGCCUCCCCGCCGCCAUCACUUGAGGAAACAUCCCCGGAGCCCAGCGCCUGCCCUGGGCUCCAAGGCCUAGCCGCGGCACCGCCCGCACCCAGCCGCAGUCGCUCCAAGUUUUUCCUGCUGACCCCGGUCCCGCCGGGCUCAGAGAAUGACCUUCCCGAGUCCCAGGAGGUCCCUCAGGGGCGGACAAGAGCGGGGGCAGCAGGCGGGGAGCGGGCCGCGGGCCUGGGAGCCUCCAGAGCCCCGCUCUGCCUGGCCCUGCCGGGUCUGGCCCUCGAGGGUCGGUCAGAGGAGGACGAAGAGGACAGCGAGGACAGUGACGAGUCGGACGAGGAACUCCGUUGCUACAGUAUACAGGAGCCGAGCGUGGAGAGCGAGGAGGAGGCGCCGCCGGUGCCCGUGGUGGUGGCCGAGAGCCAGAGCGCCCGUAACCUGCGCAGCCUGCUCAAGAUACCCAAUCUGCUGUCCGAGGCCUUCUGCGAGGACCUGGAGCGCAAGAAGAAGGCCGUGUCCUUCUUCGACGACGUCACUGUCUACCUCUUCGACCAGGAGAGUCCCACCCGUGAGCUCGGGGAGCCCUUUUCCGGCGCGGAGACGCCUCCCACGUUCCUGGCAGGUGGCCCUGGCUCCCCCAGCGCCCCCGGCAGGCUGCGCCGGGCCGGCGACUCCGCCCCGGAUGUCCCCGCCGCUAAGGAGGGUGGCGUGUUCGAGUGGGACGUCGGCUUUCAGCUGAUGCCGGCUGAGGCGGCCUUGGUGACAGCACUAGGUGCGGGGGCAGCGGAACCCUCGCCGUCGACGCCACCCAAACCGGCCACACCGGGUCCCUUCUCCCGCUUCACCGUGUCGCCCACGCCUGGGUCCCGGUUUUCCAUUACUCACGUGUCCGACUCGGACGUGGGGGCUGUGGGAGGACUGGGCGAAGUCCUGCCCGAGACGCUAGAAGUGACAGUACCGAGGCUUGAGAGCCGGUGGCACCCACCUUGGAGGCUGGCAUUGCCAAAGCUCUGGCCACCAGUCCCAGGCUGCGUUGAGGAUGGCGACCGAAAAUGA